ACAAUAACCGCUCCUCGUUAAUCUGGCAUCUGGACAUAAGUGUAGAAAUGAGGUAUUUCUUAAUUAAUCAAAAUUGUUUGUACAAAAACAGGGUGUGCUCCUGCCUACGCGAAGACUAACUAAAAUGUGUGACUUUGAUGGUAUUUCAAAACAAGAAGAUGCUCCAAUGGACGAACAGCAGCACAUCAAAGAUGUUAUUGCAACAGAAAUUGAGACACGUCAACGUAAUCUAUCAGAAGUUAAAGACAUUAUCAGAGAAAGUAUUGAAAAAUAUAGAAAUGAGUCGAGUCUAAUUCAAGACAAUGAUGUUAUUAGAGCAUCAAAAACGUACAAAUUUGGCAUCGCUUCGAUCCUUUUGUACUGCCUACAUUUUAUACGACAAUCUUGCUACAAUAUUUUUACACGUUUUUAUAAACGACUUUACAAGAAAGAUUCGGAACAGCGGGAGAUGCCAGAUAACAGAAUACCACUGAGUACUAUUGACCACUCGUACAUCGAUCGAAAAUACGUUAAAUACUGUUUGCGAUUAUGGCUUCGAGAGGUGGAAAAUUUUAUCUCUGAUACAAUUAUAAAUAAUAGCAGUAUUGACAUUAUUUCAGACAUCCUUAAUUCACUUGAUACUGUUCAUGAUUUAAUUUGCAUACCUGCACCUCUAAACCAGCUCAUGUAUUAUAAACUUUUGAUCCAAAAUUACAAAAUCAUUGGUAACGAUAACGAGAAGAUAUUUGUAAAGAAGUUCAAAGCAAAUUUGUUAAGACAAAUAAUUUUGGGUAACACUUCCAUUAGAAAUGAACUUGAUUUCAUAACAGCUUUUAUUGAUUUUUUGUGCACUUUCAAAAGUAUUCAGUCAAUUACUGAGGAGCUCAAACUGCAUGAUUUUAUUAGUGAUUGUCUACCGUUCAAAGAAUUUCUUCAUGGACUUACAAAUCUCGAGGCAUAUCCAAAUUGCAAAAAGUUUGCAAACUUGCAAGAAAUAGCAGGGUGCUUAGAGACGAAAAAAGAUUUUAUCCUGACUAAAAAAUUAAAGGAAGUGAUUAGUGCUUACAUAAAGCCAAUAGAAAUACAAAGACAGAAACUAGAUGGUCGAUUAGUGAUCGAGGUCAUGGGUAAACGUAUUGUUGUCAGUAAAAUUUUAACUCCAUUAGAAAGAGAGCUUUUAAGGAAUAAUAUAGAAGAAGUACGCAUUGUCGGAGCUGACGUUCUGUAUAUUGAUGCAGAUCUUAAAAACAAGAUUUGGCAUGGAAAAAAUUUGAUCAUUUUUGUAAAAUCAAUAAAAAUUGAUGGUAAUGUUACUUGGGACGUUUCCGGACAAGAUAACAAUCACAUUUAUAGCGACAAUGCUGGGACCGCAGGUGACGGUCAUGGUAAACAAGGGGCAGAUGGUUUUGCUGGAGAAAGUGGUGGUAAUGUAUUAUUACAAGCAGACGAUAUAGAGAAUCCGAAGAACUUAGUUAUUAUUUCCCAUGGUGGAAAAGGUAGUGGAGGCCAAAACGGUGGACAUGGAAAAGACGGUAAAGAUGGACAGGGUAUAUCCAGAGCAGAUUUUGACCGCACAUUUCCCUCAGUUGUCAAAUUCUGGACCACCGACGAGACAUGGGACAAUUUACUGCGGAAAACUAUUUUCGCUAUCAAGGAUCGUACAAAAUUUGUAGGAAAUGAUUAUGUACCAUCUAGACUGAAUUACUUUAUACGUGAAGUAACAGAAGAGGGAAAUGAAAUAACUUUUUCCUAUUGUGCUCGUGAUUUAUUAACGAAUUGUCAAGCUUAUUUGCUCUACACAGGAUCACCAGGACAGCCAGGUGGUAAUGGUGGAGAAUACGGAUUAGGAGGUCAAGGAGGAUAUGGCGGUGAAUUAAUGACAAAUAAUCCGCAUAUUGUUUUUACUGCUAGACAAGGAGAAGACGGGAGAAAUGGAAAUGGCGGCUACCAUGGAAAAUACGGAAGAAAUGGCUGGGAUAUGGGCUAUACUGAUUACCAAUUAUGGCCCGAGACUAAAUUUUAUGGUAGAGAUCAAAAUAUUAAACUUAAUAUUGAAUAUCACACUCUUAGUCCUGAUGAUGCUGUAUGGUGCCCUUAUAUGGGAAAGUAUGCUACGAUCCGUGCUUCUAACAUUCAUCUCAGAAGAUCAAUGGAAUAUAAAAUGCGGAACAAUGUCAGACAAAAUUGUGAACAUCAGCAUCAAGCAAACCCUACAAGAAAGAAAACCAUUUCACAAAGUAAAAUUUCAACAGACUACUCUCAUCACUUCAGCUCUGUAACAGCUAAUAUUUUGUCAAACCUGCAGGCCAGCUUAAACAACAUUAAUCAGAUUGCUUUACAAGCAAUGGCGCAAAAUAUCGAGCUGCAAGAGGAAGUAACAAUAGAGGUAAGAGUGCAACGCCAUAUCAAGUCCAGUGAUCAGAAUAUCAAUUUCCGUUGCAAAAACAUUACGCCUCUACAAAGUACAUCUGGCAUUGAUUUUGAACAUAGUGAUGAGUUAGACGUUCAAAGUGUAAUUGAUCAAUGGAAAAAUCACUCAUUAUCAGAGAAUUGGCAUAAAUUGAAAUAUAUGGAAGCAAACAAACUUCAGCUUGACGAAUUAAUUUCCGCACUUGAAAUCAUUAAAUGUAAAUUUUUUGACAACCAGGAAUCUCAACGUAGAAAAGAACAUAAUGCACUACUAGAUAUAGAGAACCUUCUCAACUCAAAGUAUCGAUUUGCUAUACUUCAAGAAAUCGCAAGACAAUUACCAAUGCAUGAUGAUAUUACUUAUCAGCCGAAAGUAACACCAGAAAGAGCAGCAAUAUACCUGGUUGUUGGCAGAGAGAAUGAAGACGAUAGUGAUCAUCAAUAUUUAGGUUCUCUGAGUCAAUAUAUUUACCAGGACGGGAAGAAAAAGCGAACAAAAGUUUUUCAAUUUUGUGAAAGAAAAUUACAUACUGUAAAUUAUGAAGCCUGGUGGCCGUCUGUUAGAGCAUUUGUUAUCGAAGCUGGAAAAUUAGAGCAAAUAGAUCCAGAUCUCGGCAAAUACUGUAAUCAAUAUGUAGAGUUCUUAGCAAAACAGGAACACAGUUUAAAUAUAUUCUAUGAUUUAUUUGAAAGUGAACUGAAACGGCACAGUGACAUAUAUUCUUUAUGGAUCGAUGCUAAAAAUAAUCCAUUUUUGAGAGAUGAACUAAGAACAGAGAUGAGCAAACACCCUUUUUUAAAUGCACUUCACAAUCGUUUCAUUAAACAGCUUGGGCAAAUGUAUAAUUGGAAGAAAUGCUGCGAAGAUCAAAAGGUAUUGAAAAAAUGGAGGGAUCACAUUCGUAAAAAGGGUCCAUUAUCAGAAAGCUACAGAGAGUUAUUAGCUCAUGUUUUUAAUGUAAACAUCCGAUUAUAUGUUGAAGAUCAAGAUAACAAACUGCAUUUAUUUGACAAUCACAAACCUUCGUCACGUCAGAAUAUCCACAUCUUACUACGUGGUUCCAAGUUUAUUCAAUUGAAGUUUAAUAAGAAUUACUUGGACUUGGAAAAUGCACGUAACAAAACCGAAAGUCUAUACGCGUAUUUGUUUGCAAAGUUCAAGUUGUUGAAUAAAAAAGACGAUUAUGAGAAAUUUUUGGAUAUACAAAGUUUGUUAUCCGAUCUGAGAUUUUUCGGCAACGAUUACUACACAAACACCGAAGAAACGGAAAGAUUGCAAAGCCCGGACACAAAAGUUAUAACAUCUAAGGGAUCAUUAAAUUUAGAAGUUGGAAGAUCGAAUCAAAUUUAUUCAGGCAUUGAGAAAUAUUAUUACGAUUGUGAAGAGUCGUCAAAAACACAACAACAUGGUUUAGAUGUAUUUUUUGAAUGUUUUCAUAAUGAAUUGAAAAGACACGAACAUGUCUUUGCUCUAUGGAUUGAAAGUAUAAAACAACCUUUUGUCAAAAAUGAACUGGAAAUAGAAAUUCAGAAACACGACUUUUUGAAUGCUCUGUACAAUCGUUUUAUUAAUGAACUUGGACCAGAACUGAAUUUGAGUAAAUAUGCUAAUGAUGCAGUUAUUUUUCGAGAAUCUAAUAAUUAUAUUCCUGCAAGAAGAUUACUGUCAAAAAGCUGUGCAGAUUUGCAUUAUGACUUGGUAAGACAAGACCAUGAACUAGAAACAGAGUAUAUAAAUCAAAGCAAUACGUUUAUACAGGUCUUUGCACAGAUUGCGUCGUUCGAUAGAAAGGAAGAAUUUGCAGAAUAUUUGAAAAAACAAAUUUACGCAUCCAGUAGCAACUUUCUAAAACAUGACGCUGUUAGCGAAGAGCAAGAAGUUAUCGCAAUUUCGGAAUACUUUUCAGUUCCAGAGGAACAGUCACAGAUAAAAGAACGAUUAGAAAAGAUAACAUCUCAGUACUCUGGUUAUCAGGGUAUUUUACGCACAAUGUCAAAACGUUUUGCCAAUGAUGGAAGACACGUGUCUUUUCGAGAAUUAUGCUGCCUAGUGAACUCAAUUCUUAACUCUGUUAUUGAAGAUAGAAACGAACAAAACACUUUUUCUUGGAUAAUCGCAGCAUAUCCUCAAAAAAACUGGAUAGAUGAGUUGGUAUUGCUGGAGAUAGAGAAUUUUUUACAACGACCAUCGCCACAUAAGUCCAAAUGGAGAGAGUAUUUGUCGCAGAUACAAAAUAAGGAAGUCCUCUCAUUAUUCAGAUCGAAACUAAAUCAGCAAACGCCAAUCUGUCCAAUUUCCAAUAAGUGUAUCGAAGAUACUCUGCAUCUACUUAUUGAUAUUUCAGAUGAUAUCGUCGGCCUGGAGGAGCUGGAAUUAUCAGAGUGGCCUUAUGCUCUCAAGGAGAAAUAUUGGACACACAAGUUAUCUCUGUUAACAAAUUGGCAGCAAACUGAAAUAUUAUCGGAAGCUUCUUAUUAUCUUUUGUCUAUGGAUAAUACUUUUGGAACGAACAUGACGGAAAAAUUUUUACAGAUUAUAGAAAAUAAAGACUUGAGUUCUGAUUCGUUGACUAAUAUUUUAUCGAACUUUCACAGUGGUAAAUGGAAUCUCAACGAGGAAACGUUGGACGCCUUAUCUUCCAGUGAGAUUGGUAAAUGGAGAGAGAUAAUGGACCGUGAGUUUGUCGGAGAUGGUAAAGAACGCGAUGUGAAACAAUUGAUUAAACUAAUUAUUGAUAAUGCCAAUACUUCACAAAGCAUACGUGAUAAAUUACCUGAAAUUGAAAAUUAUAUAAGCAAUAUUGACAAACAAAUGCCUGCAACAAAUGUCAAUCCAAAUUCUACGAGUGAUAUAAUGAAAGACGUUCUCGCAGAGAAGUCGAGAGUACAUGAAAAAAGGAUGGCUGGUUAUGAAGAUAACUUACAAUUGCUCGUUAAAAUAGAUGGUGCAAUAGAAUCAAAAAGAGGAUUCAAACUUCGAGAUACACAAAAACUAGCCAUACUGGCAUUGCUUUCAUGUCAAAGUAAUACUUUAGCACAGGUAUCGACUGGAGAAGGAAAGUCACUGAUCGUAGUAGCAGUGUCGAUUAUAUUAGCGCGUCGUGGCCAAAAAGUAGACGUCAUAACUAGCUCAUCGGUAUUAGCAAAACGUGAUGCUGAAAUUAACAAAGACAUCUACGAGUUCUUUGAUGUCAGUGUAUCACAUAACUGUAAUGAAAAUAUUGAAAAGCGAAGAGAAGCAUAUUCAAGCAGCCAAGUAGUAUUCGGUGAUUUAUCUAGUUUUCAGCGUGACUACUUGCAGGAUCGGUUUUACGGACAAAACAUUUUGGGGGAUCGUAACUUUGAAAAUGUAAUUGUGGAUGAAGUGGAUAGUAUGCUACUUGAUAAAGGCAACAAUAUGCUAUACUUGUCCCACGAUCUAGCAGGAUUGGAUAAGCUACAAUCGAUCUACAUUUAUAUUUGGCAGUGGGUCAGCAGGCCAGCUAAAAGUCAAGAAGACCUCUCCUUGGCGCUUGACGCCAAGUUAAUUAAGGAAGCAGUGCUAAAAGAUUUAUAUGGUGUGAUAACAAAAGAAGAUAUAAGAAAACUUAAUUCUGAGCUUGAUGAGCAGCAAGUGAAAAUGAUAUGGGAAUGUCUGAUAGAAGCAAAGAUAUUAGACGACAGUGGUAAAAUGUUAAUACAUGAUGAUAAAUUUGAAAUUCUACUUCCGACUGCAUUUAAUGCUUACAAAAGUCGUCUUCGUUAUCUUUUAAAAGAAUGUAUUACAAGAGACAGGUUCAUACACGUCCCCAAUUAUCUUAAACCUUUUAUUGAAGAGCACUUGGAAAGUUGGAUUAAUAACGCUGUAAUAGCAGUUGAGACACCGGAACAGACCAAGCAAAUUCUCAAUGGGACGAAGCAUUGCAUCAAUUUUUGCAACUUAAGCAUGGGUGUAAGUUGUCUACGCAAAGCCUGAAGGCUAUCUUCAUUUCUAACGUGUCAUACUUGAAAUGUUAUCGGCAUUUAUAUGGGUUAACAGGCACCUUGGGAUCGCAAAGAGAAAGAGAGUUACUACAGGAGAUACAUGAAGUCGAUUUUGUUACA